AGCAGUUGCCUUUGCUGUGCUUGCUUCUCUGAGAAACACACAUACACAAUUACGCUCUACUUUGCUGUUUGUGAAGGAGGGCUGAAUUCUGUCUGCUCUGGAUCAUGCUGCCCUGGAAAAGGAGUAAGUUCGUGCUUGUGGAGAACGAGAUGAUAAGCAAGCCUAAAAGUCUCAGAGCUGGGCUGACCUACCAUUCACUUCUAUCGACUUUGCUCCACUCCUGCCCCGACCUCGUUCCUGACUGCCCGUUCCACUGGCUUGGAAGCGUCUUCCAUAGCAAGCGUCAGAAAGUGGAGCUUAACAAAGAGGAGCCCACUUACAAUGUGCGUUACCUGGGGAGCACAGUCACCAUCAUGGCCAAAGGGGAAGACUGCACACAGGAUGCGGUGGCCAAAAUAUGGACUCGCAGCAACUACGGUGAACAAUGCGCCAAGAUGAAACUCACCGUCAGCCCUCAUGGAAUUCGCAUGGGAGCAGAUAAAGGUGGCAAAAAGAAGCCUGUCCACCUCUAUUCCCUCAACCGCAUUACGUACUGCACUGCUGACCCCUUCCGGCCCAAGAUCUUUGCAUGGAUUUACAGGCAUCAGGUGAAGAAUAAAGCUGUUGUACUACGCUGUCAUGCUGUUCUGCUGGCGAAGGUGGAGAAGGCCAGAGCAUUGGCACUUAGUUUGUACCAAACCUCAACUUCUGCAUUUACAGAGUUCAAACGGCUAAAACGCCAGAGCGACUUCCGUCAUUGCCAACAACAACUAUUGGGUGAGGAUUUCGUGCCUAUUAUACCCCUACGAAGACUUAUGAAUGGACAGUGCCACUAUCAGCCACCUACUGAAAAGCCUGGAUGUGCCUCACGGCUGCCAUCCAUUACUGAGGAAGAGGAGGAAGAUGAUGAUGAAGGAAUGGUGAAUGCAGAAACCACAACAACAAACAACACUCCCAGUCUCCCUCCGGAGAAAGAUCUGGGAAAGAUGGUAAACGAACUGGAUGAGGUUUCGAUUACAAUUUGGGAUGAAGCAAAGAUGACUAUAAGCACUUUGGUGUGACUUCAAAUGGAUACAGUUUAUUGUCUUCACCACUGAGCCUACAUUCUUUUGCCCACUUUGUCCGGUACGUCCACCAUCGAUGCACCAUGAAACAGCCCCCUGGAACUCCCCCUACCUCUGUAAUGGGAUAAGAACCAAGGGAAGAAACUGUUCCACAGAUGAAGAGCUGCAUGCAGAGGUUGCUAGAGGGAUUUUAACUAUAUGAGCCUGUACAAGCACAAUAAAGGAGAACGACAGGUACACCAAUCAUCUGGUAUUGGUUAAGAGCUUACACCAAAAAGCCUUUACCUACUCCAACAUUGAGCAAAGCUUACACUGCACACCCAAAGACAAGGCAUGCAUCUAGUUCUCUUGAUAUUCCUAUUGAUGAGUUUGUGAGUACAUGCAAACUACAAGUGCUUUUGACUGAUUGACUGACAAUGAGAGUGAAUAUUUGUAUAAAGAGUGCAUUUUUGAAUGACCAGUUAGACUUUUGACGUAUGUAAUUUAUCCCUGGUGACCUCUCUCAAUGGACUCCGCUUCAAGGGGACUGGAGGGAUGGGGUUGAAGUUUAUUAUUUUUUUUUUUUGGCUCUUGGAGCAGCACUAAUGAAUUAAACCAUAACUUAGGAAUCAAGCCAUUGACUUGACAUGUUUACUGCUACCAUUCGUCAUAGCUCUGCUAAUCUGUAAUGCAUAACAAGUGGAGGCAUCACCUGUGAUGUUUGAGACAAACAUUUUAAAAUGUUUUUUAAAUGGUAUCUAUUUUACACUGUGAUUUGUUUGGGACAAAUGGCAGCAAAGUGCAAAAUUAGAUAUUGUAUUUAUACAAAUGAGUAAUUGUAAUUUAUGCUGAUUCUGAAUAUGUGUUGAUGUAAAGUGGUUGUUAUAAAAACCCAUUUUUAUGGGUUGUAGCUUCCAUCUGUCAAUUCUGGCAUGAUGUUUUGUAUUUCCAGCACAUCAUAUUCAUCUACUGGAUAAUUUGAUUGAAAACAGUGAAACAUUGCGUUUUCUACUCCUCUCAUAAUUUUUCUGAACAGUA